AUGUCGAGAGAAACAUAUAAUAAACGCAUUUUGGGUGAAGCGCUUUAUGCCAAGGUAGCUUCGAGCCACAUUUUACUCGUCGGUGCAGGAGGCAUUGGCUGUGAACUGUUGAAGGAUCUUGUGUUAUCGGGAUUUCAAUCGAUUGAAGUGGUUGAUCUAGAUACCAUUGAUAUAUCUAAUCUCAAUCGCCAGUUCUUAUUUCAAAAGAAACAUGUGAAAAAGUCCAAAGCUCAUAUCGCAAGAGAAUCGGCUUUGAAAUUCAAUCCCUCAGUUACUAUCAAAUCUCACCAAGCGAAUAUCAAAGAGCCACAAUUCAAUGUGGAGUGGUUCCGCAGAUUUACAAUGGUGCUCAACGCUCUCGACAAUCUAGACGCGCGACGACAUGUGAAUGCCAUGUGCUUGGCUGCCGAUGUGCCAUUGAUUGAAUCCGGAACGACAGGCUAUUUAGCUCAGGCAUACGCGAUCAAGAAGGAUAUUACCGAGUGUUUUGACUGUUAUCCCAAGCCUACACCAACCACGUAUCCUGUCUGCACAAUUCGCAGUACGCCUAGUUCUCCGAUUCACUGCAUCGUUUGGGCAAAGAGUUAUCUGUUCAGCCAACUGUUUGGUAACGCCGAAGAAGACGAGACUAUGCAAGAGGACGCAUCGGAAGAAAAUGCACACGAGCUUGCUGCGCUGGCACGGGAAACAAAAGAGUUGAAUGAUAUCAAGGCUUCCAUGGGGACCGAAGAUUACCCGCGAAAAGUGUUUGCCAAGGUCUUCACUUCGGACAUUGAAAGACUGCUCACCAUGGAGGACAUGUGGAAAUAUAGGACUGCCCCACAACCUUUGAACUACGAUACACUUAGGCAGCAAGCGGCAGCCGCUCAAAAUUCAAAAGAGGAAAACAACAUUGCCCUGGUUGAUCAGAAAGUCUGGUCUCUUAUGGAAUGUUUCGAAAUAUUCAAACAAAGCGUGGUGCGGUUAUCAAAGCGUCUUCAGGCAGAACAAGCAGGCAACCCUGAAGCUAUUUUAAGUUUCGACAAGGACGAUGAAGACGCGAUGGAUUUCGUGACCGCCACAGCCAACUUGCGAGCCAUGAUCUUCAGUAUUCCACAAAAAAGUCGCUUUGAAGUCAAAUCUAUGGCAGGAAACAUCAUUCCUGCUAUCGCUACAACAAAUGCAAUCAUUUCUGGUGUUGUGGUGAUGAAGGCCUUUGCUGUUCUUCGCGGUGAAAUUGCGACGAUGAAACGGACAUAUCUUACGACUGUAUCUCGGCGACCACAAUUACUCAUCCUGGAAGAACCAUCCAAACCUAAUCCUUCAUGUGGCGUCUGUCGAGCUGCUUCAGCCACGGUUCAAGUUGAUCUUGCACUUGCCAAGCUCAGUGAUUUAAUGGAGAAAGUUAUCAUGGCCUCGGCAGAGAAAGGAGGAGCGGGAUUAACCGAAGAUGUCGCUAUUAUGGAUGGAAAUAGGAUGAUCUAUGAUAUCGAUCUGGAAGAUAACUUGGAGAUGAAGUUGGCUGAGCUUGGGGUGAAAGAUGGAACGAUAUUACGUGUAUCGCCUGAUGAAGGAGGGGAUGUUGAUUUGGCUAUACAAGCGAUGUAA